GGUCCCGGCUCCACGGGAAGUGGGGGGGAUUUGGAUGAGUUUUUGGUGUGCCCCAGGUGCCCCUUUGCCAGCUCCCCCCCUGUCCGCGGCGCUGUGCCCAGCACCCGGCCGCAGCCCGGGGCUCCGGUUGCAUUUUCCAUUCAUUAUUCAUCGAGCUGGAAAUCUCGGCAGCACGAGGCGAUCCGACCCGGGGGGGCCGGAACGGGGGAGCGGCGGCAGCAGCGGCACCCCGGGAUCGCCGGGAACCGUGGCGUGGGGCAGGUGACCAGGAUGCUGUGGCAUGGGAAGCCCUGGAGGUCCAUGUGCAAGGGGCUGGUCCUGGGGACCCUCCUGACCAGCUUCAUGUUGCUGCUCUACUCCUACGCUGUCCCCCCACUGCAAGUCAGCGUCACUGAGAUCCCCAUCCCUGUCUCCUGCUCCUCCCACCUGUCCCCCGUCCAGGCUUCAUCCCCAUCCAAUGGCACGGGCAGCGCCUCGGGGUGGAGCUGCCGGCCCAAGCUCAACGUCAUGUUCAUGAAGACCCACAAGACUGCCAGCAGCACCAUCCUCAACAUCCUCUUCCGCUUUGGGGAGAAACAUCGCCUGAAAUUCGCCUUCCCCAAUGGCCGCAAUGACUUCUACUACCCGUCCUUCUUCGAACGCAGCCAGGUGCAGCACUACCGGCCCGGGGUGUGCUUCAACAUCAUCUGCAACCACAUGCGCUUCCACUACGAGGAGGUGCGCAAGCUCCUGCCGCCUGACACCACCUUCGUGACCGUGCUGCGGGACCCCGCCUACCUCUUUGAGUCCUCCUUCCACUACUUCGGGCCUGUCAUCCCCCUCACUUGGAAGAUCACGGGGGAGGAUAAGCUGGACCAGUUCCUCCGGGACCCCCAGCACUACUACGACCCCAACGGGUUCAACGCUCACUACCUCCAAAACCUCCUGUUCUUUGACUUCGGCUACGACAGCAGCAUGGACGCCAACAGCCCGCUGGUGGAGGAGCACAUCCAGGAGAUCGACCGCCGCUUCCACCUCGUCAUGUUGCUCGAGUACUUUGAUGAGUCGCUGGUGCUGCUCAAGGACCUGCUGUGUUGGCAGCUGGAGGACGUCCUCUACUUCAAGCUCAAUGCCCGCAAGGGCUCCACUGUGUCCCGGCUGACUCCUGAGCUGUACGAGCAGGCAACUGCCUGGAACCUCAUCGAUGCCAAGCUCUACCGCUACUUCAAUGCCACCUUUUGGCGCAAGGUGGAGGCCUAUGGGAGGGAGAGGAUGGCCAGGGACGUGGCCGAGCUGCAGAGGGAGAAUGAGAAGAUGACCAGCAUCUGCAUUGAUGGGGGACACGCCGUGGAUGCCAGUGCCAUCCAGGAGUCCUCCAUGCAGCCCUGGCAGCCCCUGGGGGAGAAGACCAUCCUGGGGUACAACUUGAAGAAGAAGAUCAGCAAGAAGCACCAGAAACUGUGCCGCAAGAUGCUGACACCCGAAAUCCAGUACCUGACUGACCUGGGGGCCAACCUCUGGAUCACCAAGCUGUGGAGCUAUGUACGAGACUUCCUCAAGUGGUAGGGGCUGGCAGGUGCCCCGCUCCCCUGGGGAAGAACCAGGUGCUUUUGUUUUUGUUAGUCAUGGUUCUCUUGGUUUGGAACUGGCUGGAGGCUCUGGAGCCCAGGAACUUUUGGGGGGUCCUCCCUCACCUUCUUGCAGAGCCCCAGCUUGGGCAGGAGAGCAGACACUCUGCCUCCAUCAGCAGGGUCAGGGACUGGGGGCUCAGGGGUGGUGUUUUCCUGCAGGAUCCACUUCUUCCUUUUGCAUGGAAAAGCUGGAGGAAGGACUUGUGAAGGAUGUGGCCUUGUCACAGCGGGCUGCUGAGUGAUCCCCAGGUCACUGGGUGCAGGCAGGGAUGUGCUGGGACAGCAGUGGUAGAGGGUCUCCCUUGCCUGGGGUGGGCAGAAAUGCCCACAAGGAACCCAACCCUCCAGAGGCUCCUCCAAUCACCCUGCUGAGCCCUGGUUUUGGGGUGUGGGAAUGUCAGAACCUGCAGCACUGGCUCAGCCCAUGGAUGGGAUGAGUGCAGCAUGUUCUCAGCCUGUCCACAGCCAUCACUCCAUGCCAGGCUGUGACCCAGAGCCACCCGGAGCCAUUUGGAGAUUGGAAAACCCACCCCAAAAGCCCCGGCCUUUACCAACAGGUCCCCGUGGCAAAGGACACCCCCUCCCUGCCCCCCAUCAUCCCAGUUAGAGGGCCCCACGGCCCUGGUCCCCACAGGGGACAUCCCAAAAGGCCAGCAGGGUCUGGUGACAACUGGUGUGGGCAGAUGGGAGUGGGUGCGGUAGGACUGUCCCAGUGAUGCCAUCCCAGGCACAGUGGGGAUGCUGAGGGCAGGGGCCAUCCCCAGUCCCCACCCUGUCUUGGGGACAAACCUCGUGCAUCCCAACUGGGCUGGAUGACACUGGUGACACUGCGUCCCACUGAGAGUAGCCCUGGCUGGGCACAGAGGUGGCACCUGUGGCUGAGCCACCCCCACAGCAAAUGGACCCCCUUGUCCUCCCACCUGUGUUCAGCUCCUUCUGUAAAGACCAGAAAUAAAAAAAAAACUAUUUACUUUUGUAAUA